GGCAACCAGAAAUUCGUCAUUUGAAAAUUGAAGAAACACAAACAAGGCACCCAAAAAAAAUAUUCUUAUUUCUUUUGUUUAAUGCCAUUUCAUCAUAGAUUUAUAGAUAAAUUAGUAUGCAAGUGAUGUUACGUAUUCACAGCAGUAAGAAAGUUUGAAGCAGGUAUAAUAUCAUACAAUUUUCAAGUCACAACCCUGAAUCUGCGAAAAGGUUAAAACCAGCAUGCAUUUUACCUUGUACUACUUUCUGUUAUUCUGCAAUUUCUGCUACGUUACAUUCUAUUAGUGAACUAAAAGUAUAGGUCAUUCCACUUCUCAACAAGUUUAAAUUUUACAACAUACAACAGUUGCUUAGAGCAUAUUUGGACAGGUCACAAUGCGUCUUGUAAUCUUGGAUUCAUCAAAAGAAGUGUCUGAAUGGGCUGCCAAAUAUGUUAUGAAGAGCAUACACGAUUUCAAGCCCACUAAAGAUAGGUACUUUGUUCUUGGACUUCCGACAGGCAGCACCCCAUAUGGAAUGUACCAAAAGCUAAUAGAAUUCCACAAAGCAGGAAAGUUGUCUUUCAAAUAUGUAAAAACCUUCAAUAUGGAUGAAUAUGUAGGGCUUCCAAGGGACCAUCCAGAAAGUUACCAUUUUUAUAUGUGGAACAACUUUUUCAAACACAUUGAUAUUGAUCCUAAAAACGCUCAUCUUUUGGAUGGGAAUGCUCCAAAUCUAGUAAAAGAAUGUGAAAAUUAUGAAGAGGAAAUUAGCCAGGCUGGAGGAAUACAUCUUUUCAUUGGAGGAAUUGGUCCAGAUGGUCAUAUAGCAUUCAAUGAACCGGGUUCAUCUUUAGUAUCAAGAACAAGAGUGAAAAAUCUAGCACAAGAUACCUUAGAAGCAAAUGCUAGAUUUUUUGGUAAUGAUAUAAGUAAGGUUCCUAAGCAAGCUUUAACGGUUGGCGUUGGUACUGUGAUGGAUGCAAAACAGGUGAUGAUUUUGAUAACUGGUACAAACAAGGCUUUUGCUUUGUACAAGGCUGUGGAAGAGGGUAUUAACCAUAUGUGGACUGUAUCUGCAUUUCAGCAACACCCUCAAACAAUUAUGGUGUGUGAUGAGAACGCCACUUUGGAAUUGAGAGUUAAAACUGUAAAGUAUUUUAAGUACGACCUAAAGAAGAAAAUGAUCGUGAAUUGCUAUUACACAAGUUCACUCAAUAUGGUAUCAGGGGACCUCCGCUUCACCUAUUUGAAAGCUACUUAAGUAAUAAUAACAGCAACUCAAACAUAACCAAAUGUGAAAUUGGUGUCCCCCAGGGGUCUUUACGUAUGCGGCUUUAAAUAAUCUUUGACAACGAAUUCCAUAGCAGUCAGUAUGUUAUGUGCGCUGAUGAUGCGUCCAUUCUGGUAAAUGCAGAUCAUAACUACAUUAAAUUUAUAUAGAUCAGCUUCACUGGAGUUAACCCUAUACAUAAGUGGUUCCUCAAUAAUGGCCUAGUACUCAAUCAAAGUUAGUCAGUUAGUCUGACCAGGAUUAUAGUCUCUUAGUGAAAUCUAAUGGGGGUACCAUGAGUUUAUCUUCAAUCAAAUUGGGAUACUCAUGUUGAUUAUGUAAAGUAAAAAACUGACCCCUAUUGCAUACUGCAUCGAUAGACUAAGAUUCCUGCUUGAGAAAAACAUUGUAAUGAGAUAUUACUUUGCGUACGUUCAGUCAAUAAUCUCAUCUGGUAUAAUUGCCUGGGGUACUUGUGGUGAAGAAAAUCGAAUAUUUGUCUUGCUGGGAUGCAUUACAGAGCUAGCUGUAAGGAAUUAUUUGCGAAUCUAAAGUGUGUACGUAAAAGUAAAUUACAACAGCUUUCUUUAGCUCAAUCGUCAUGGCAAAUAUUCCAAAAGGAAUUCCCUGAUGUUAGAUAUUGCUGCUCACAAGUCUAGUCUAGUCGUAGGGACAUGGGUAUAAAACUAUAUAACAAAUUGCCUAACAGGAUCAAACAGGCGAACACAUACAAUUUUAAAAAAGAAAUUAAGGCACUGUUGCUGCGAUCAUACUUGGCAACAUAACUCGGACGAUAGAUGUUGUAACUGCUCGUCCAAAUACAGCAUAUAUGGUUGGGCAUCUUCUUGUCGAAUAUGUCAAUCAAUGACCUAUAAAAAACCCACAGGUUCUAACAUUUAUCUGCAUGUGCAACUUUGGUGUUUUUGCAUGCUUUGUAAUGGUGUUGAAUGUGUUGUGGUAACAGAACAUUGAAUAAUUGGUGUUCUGUUGAACAGGGGCUGAGCGAUAUUCAUCAGAAAUUGAUCGAAGAAGAUGAGCCAUUAGACAAAUAUACACUUAUUCAUUGAUUUUGGGACACGCAAGAAAUAUAUUAUGUUAUUAUCGAUUUCAAAUUCAUCCAAAGAAAUACAUAUUUUUUGAAUCAA